CAACAAAAGUGGUGGAGACUGAAAUCAGUGUCGGAUAUGAAGCGCAACAGCCAAACACAAACGAACAAACGAACAGCGAUGAGCACUCGAAGGGCGCAAGCGAGGGCGCUUGUGGAGCAGGCGAUUGCCGCUGCCGCUGCUGCUGCUGACAGUGGCGUGGGUGGCAGUGGGAAGGGUGGGAUGGAUACGGAGACAAAGGCGGCUCUGUAUGCACAGCUGGCCAAGUUUGACGACACGAGUGAUGAGGAAGAAGCGGUGGCCGUGCUCAACCAGAUCGCGGCCGUCUUGGCGGCACUGCAACAGACGCCACAACCCCAACCCAAGCAGCGUGACAGCGACGACGAGGACAGCGACGACGACGGCGACGAAGAGAAGAAGGAAGAGGAGACGGCUGCACAAGGCACGGGCUCGAGGUCGUCCGGCCAAGCUCAGAUCCCCAGAGAGCAGGGCCAAAAGCAUAGCGGCCGGUACGAGCAUGUGAGGCAGUUGAUGAAGGAUGAACCUGAAGUGUUUGCAUGGGCGAAGGAUUUGGCUGCCCAACUCAUGCGCAACAACUACGUUAUCUUGCCCAACGUCCUCGGGCCUGAGAUGGCUGCCAGGCUUGCAACAGAAGUGAAAACUGCGCAUGGAGCGGGUCGGCUGAGCUCUGGUAUGCUCGGUGGCGGGCGGACCGGUGCAAACACCAAAUACAUCCUCUCCGCUGUUCGCGGCGAUAAGGUUGGCUGGUUCGACGAAGACCCGUGCCAUGACACGACGCAGCGUGACGAGCUACCCAUUGCCGAUUCCAUCAACGACAACGACAGCGAUGACGAGAAUGAAGGCGACAGUGGUGCUGGUAGCGGUGUUCAGUGUUGGCGUGGCACGGCGCUUAAGACGUUCUCCCGCAAGAUGAACACCAUCGUACAGUUGAUUGCAUCACUUGUGCCAGAGUUGAAGACUCUUGAAUCACGCUCCAAGGCCAUGGUCACGUGCUACCCGGGCAACGGCGCGCGCUACAUCAAGCACUGCGACAACCCGCACCGCAACGGCAGGAAGCUCACCGUUCUCUACUACCUCAACGAUGGCUGGAAGCAAGGCGACGGCGGUGAGCUGCGUGUGUACGCGCAGUCCAAGGAGGAAGCCACACACGAUGACAAACCAGCCAGCAGUCGUGAUGAUGGUGAUGGUGACGGUGGUGGUGAUCUUGAUGAUAAAGUGCUGGUGGAUAUUCCUCCUCGAUUGGACACAAUGGUGAUCUUCUUCUCAGACAAGCGCGUCCCACACGAAGUGCUGCCGACGUCCAAGCCGCGCUAUGCUGUCACCCACUGGUUCUACGACUUGGAGGAGAAGCAAAUGGCUGAGCAGCAGCAGCAGCAGCAGCAAGGCAAUACGGCAAACGGAAGGAGCGACAUUGCGAUUGAGGAGGAGCGGUUGCGGCGGGAAAUUGAACGGUUUCAGGCGAAGCACGGGGCAUCGGCACACGUCCUGCCGACGCAGCAGCGGGGGGCACAGGGCGAUGGGGAGGCAGGAGGGGUACACGAGCGAGCUGAUGGACGGAAAGAGGGGAAGGAGCAACAGAAGGAGGAGGAGGAGGAGGAGGAGGAGGAGGACAGGCGACGACGGCAACAACAACAACAACAACAACAACAACAGCAACAACUUAAACAACAACAACAACAACAACAACAACUUAAACAACAACAACAACUUAAACAACAACAACAACAACAACUUAAACAACAACAACAACAGCAGCAGCAGCAGCAGUUGACGUACACAUUGAGGGUUGACGAGGAAGCCAACACGCAGUCGAUUGUGGUGGCGCCGGCAACCAACAAUGAUGGCACGUGGCGAGCAGCGGACUUUGAUGUGGAGAUUGAGGACGAUCAAGUGGAGGUGACGCACACACCAACAACAGCCUGUCUCACCAUUGCGUUGCCCAAGACCAUUGACCCCGACUCGGAUCUGCACCGUGUGCGCUGGCUCAAGCGAGCACACCACCUCCACAUCACCUUACACACGCGCACAUAACUUAUCCUUGCUGGUGCAUUAUCGGCACGCCCAAGUAAACGACCUGC